AAAUAACUCUCAUAGAGCACUUGCACAUUGCAAGGUUGGGUGGACGGUGUAAAAUAUACAAAUGCACAAUGAUGACUUUCUUGAACCAUUUUCUCACUUCAAUUAUUUAGAAAUAAAAUAUUAAUAAAUGCUUUUGAUUUUUCAUGGCCAACAAUCCACUCAUCCUUAUGCAAUCUGAUCCAAAACAAACAAAACUCAUGUUCCUUUUUAAGCCCUAUAAAUAGAGACAUAAUCUUUCUAUAUCAAUACAUAAAACACAUUCAUCUAACCUAUUCUUCUAUUCUGUAGAGAACAACAUGAAGGCUUCAAUCUUAGCAUUUUGCAUUAUUUAUAUAGCUUUCAUUUGCAAAACCAUUGCAGCCCCUGAACCAGUUCUUGACAUCUCAGGUAAGAAACUGAUAACAGGUGUCAAAUAUUACAUUUUACCAGUCAUAAGAGGCAGUGGUGGUGGUUUAAAUGUCGCAAAUGUAAGCAACCUCAACAGCAACAAUAACACAUGCCCCCUUUAUGUUGUUCAAGAGAAGCUUGAAGUAAAGAAUGGUGGAGCAGUUACUUUCACACCUUAUAAUGCUAAACAAGGUGUGAUCCUAACUUCAACUGAUCUCAACAUUAAAUCCUAUGUAACAACUACAUGUCCUCAAACACAAGUUUGGAAGCUUCUUAAAGUUUUGUCAGGGGUGUGGUUCUUGAGUGCUUGGGGUGAAGAAGGUAAUCCAGGUAUUAAUACAAUUUUCAAUUGGUUCAAGAUUGAGAAAGCUGAUAAAGAUUAUGUCUUUUCUUUUUGUCCUUCAGUUUGUAAGUGUCAGACUUUGUGUAGGGAGUUAGGUUUAUAUGUUGAUGAUAAUGGGAUUAAGCACUUAGCUCUUAGUGAUAAAGUUCCAUCUUUUAGGGUUGUAUUUAAAAGGGCUUAAGUGAAACAAACAACACUAGAAUAUCAUAAAUGUUAUGCACUUAUGCAUACCAUAUGGGUUGUAUUUCACUUCAAUAAUAAAAGUUUGAUUUUGUUUUAA